UGUGGUGGAGCGGAUGAAGAGAGUCACUGGAGAGGCGGUUUCUUGCUACGCUGGUGGGUUGAGGGAAGGUAUAUUAGGGAUGGAAGGAUGGAUGGCAGUUUUGGUUUAUCGUCAUGUAAAUUUGACUACUAUCUCUAGGUGCUUUCUGGCUUUAUAGGUUCGAAGUUCUUUUGCCUUUGAGUUUGAUUUUUCCUGCCUAUUUCAUCUCCAUACGUUCUUUGCGUCGUUAGACCUUAUUGCAACUAUCGCCUUUUUACUGUAGCAUCACCACCACCAUGCCCUACGACCUUGAAUCCCAACAAGUCCCCAUCACUCUGCACCUCUCCCCCAUAGAUCAUACCACCAACCCCGAUCAUCUCCUCCUCCCAACCCCGUCAUCCCGUCUUACCGCGCACUUCUCGACAAGCACCUACGCCCCCAACACCCUUCUCCUCUCCACCUCCACCUCCCUCUUUCCCGAUAAACCAUCUCUCGGCCCCAUCCCCCCCGUCAUUAAGUCCCGCAACGGAAAUCUCUUCUGGGCGGACGAAGCCUGCGUUCGUCGCGUCGGUCUCACAUUACACGAAGCACGUCUAUUUCUCCAGUUACAGAAUGGAAAUUAUAAUUACCGAGAAUAUGUGGAAAUGUUCCAUAGUUUUGGAGAAGAAAAGAAGCAUUUAGAAGAAAGACUCAAGGAGUUACAAUGGUGGAGAGUGGAGAGGAGGAGGGUUUGGGAAAAGAGGGUAGAAUGGUUGGGAAGGUUGGAGGAACCGAGACUUUGGUUGUUGUAUUUGAUGGCGAGGAGGAGGAGGAUUUUGUUGGUGGCUUGUAGGAGGGUUUUGGGGAGGUUGAGGGAAAAGAGGGAUGCGAGGUUCAAGGAACAGGCAGCGGGAGCGGGAGUAGCGACUAGGGAGGCACAGGGGCGAGGAUCCAAGAGGAACUCCCAGGCGCCGACGAUUGCUUGCUCGAUGGUUUCAAAGGGUUCGCAGACGCCACUAGGAGAUGAAAGCAAGGCGAUGAAAUCAUGUCCAGUGAGAUCAGAGGGCACACAAACCGGGGAUUUAGCUUUGUCGAGACCUGAACCCUCUUCAAAAAUAACUUCUCAUCCCACCUCUCGCCCAGCAAGCUCACAUUCCCGUCAUUCACACUCCCAUACCUGUCCCGUCUUUGCACAUCCCUACUCCGCAACCUCCUCAUCAAUCCAAACACUCACCUCGCUCUUCCUCCCCCCACAAACCCCCUACCUAAUUCUCGGUUACUUCCCCACCACCUCCCUCGAUCCACACGAAACCUAUUUACCCUUACCCACCCCAACAACGCUCUUCUCCUCACUUCAUCGUGCCGAACAUUCUCUACGGGGAUAUCGAAGAUUUCUCUCUCUUAAGUCUCUCGCCGGCUUCGGAUUGUACAAAUGUGAUAUUGAAAAAGGAGCACAUGUCAAGGUGAUCUUGAGGGAAGAGGAGAAAAUGGUGCUAAGGAGGUUUUAUGCGGCGUAUAAAGGGAAAAUGUUGAGAGGGCUACCUGGCUUUGCAACAGAAGAGUGGGAUGAGGAUGUUGGCGAGGCUUGGAUGAAGUGGGUGGGAAGCAAUCUGAAUGGGGGAAAGGAGGAGACUGGAGAGGAAGCGGGGGGGCCUUUGGAGGGAAGAUGGAGUUUGGAGUUGGUUUAUGAUUGGUGAGUUUUUAUUCCCUCUCCGCUUCGUACAGACUUGCUAAUGUGCGAUAGGUGUCCAUAUCGACUCAGCGCCGUCGUAAUAACUCCAUUGCUUCUUAGUUUGAUAGUAGGAGUUUGGUAUAUGGAAUCGAAUGGGGAUGUAAUUACAGCUUGGACCUUGGCAUUGUACAUUGUGACGGCUGCUGCGGCAAUAGUUGCGCUGUUGGGGAUAAUUGGUAGUUUGAAGGAUGUUUAAAGGUUGAUGCUGUGGGAGUUUAGUGUAUAGUAUUUACCUUAGAAGUUGUUUCACAUGUGCUUCUGAUUCAUUCGCAUGUGGGGAGUAAUAUUGAGGAAGCUCACGGUAGCAUUCUUGUGUUUUAUUUUUGAUUUGAUCGGAAUUU